AUGAGAAACCACACAACAGUAACUAUAUUUAUUCUUCUUGGACUGUCAAAUGAUCCACAAUUACAGGUGGUCAUUUUUGUUCUUCUUUUCUUCACAUACAUGUUAAGUGUCGCUGGAAAUCUAACUAUCAUAACACUCACCUUACUGGAUUCACGCCUAAAGACACCAAUGUAUUUCUUUCUUCGAAAUUUCUCUUAUUUAGAAAUUUCAUUUACAACUGUCUGCAUUCCCAAAUUUCUUGUCAGCAUGGCAACUGGUGAUAAGACUAUUUCUUAUAACAGUUGUGCUGCACAGUUGUUUUUUACUAUUCUCUUAGGUGCAACUGAAUUUUUUCUUUUGGCUGCCAUGUCCUAUGACCGCUAUGUGGCUAUCUGUAAACCCCUUCAUUAUAUGACCAUCAUGAGUGGUAGAGUCUGCAACCUGUUGAUAUUUGCUUCAUGGUUCUCUGGCUUUAUAAUAAUUUUUCCCGCACUCAUUAUGGGUCUUCAGCUUGAUUUUUGUGCAGCCAAUGAAGUAGAUCAUUUCUUCUGUGAUGUUUCUCCUAUAUUACAGCUCUCUUGUACAGACACAUCAACAAUAGAGCUAAUGGAACUUAUUUCAGCCAUUUUGACACUCUUGGUUACACUGGUAUUGGUGAUACUCUCCUACACAAAGAUCAUUAAAACCAUUCUAAAGAUACCCUCUUCUCAACAGAGGAAGAAAGCCUUUUCUACAUGUUCUUCUCACAUGGUGGUUGUGUCUAUUUCUUAUGGCAGCUGCAUCUUCAUGUAUGUAAAACCCUCUGCCAAGGAAAGGGUGUCUUUAAAUAAAGGGAUAGCUCUGCUAAGUACUUCUGUGGCUCCUAUGCUGAAUCCCUUCAUUUACACACUAAGAAAUAAACAAGUGAAAGAUGCUUUUAAAAACAUGGUAAAAAAGAUGGAUAUUUUAUGA